AUGAUUUCUUCUUCACCAAGACAAUCAAUCAUGAAGAAGAACAUAUUAAUGUUAAUUUCGGCGACGGUUUUCGAUGUUGCCCGAAUCCUCCGUACGGAUUCAGCUGCACCUAAAUAUCAAGCUAUAGAUCUUGGAGCAACAUGUCAGAUUUAUAAAGGUGAUUUACCAGAUCAACCACUUUGCAAUGGUUUUUUAUCCAAUCCAAGUAUGUUAACCUCACAAUUGUGCAUUACCCAAAAGUUUAAAUCAAUCACUAUACUAACAAACUACAAUCUUGAAGAUUCAAUCUAUAUAAAUUCAACAUCUACACAGGAAUCUAUUCAACAAUUUGGUUUGUUUGUUCGAUCGAAUUUGAUGAUAAUUGGAACUGACUCUUGUAAAGUGCCAAGUACAUUUGCUUUUAUUUGUGCCUAUUUAUUCCCAGAAUGUAUAGAAUAUCCAGAUCCAAACAAUUCAAGUAGGAUAUUGGCAUUACAACAACCAGCCUGUUUUGAUGAUUGCAGUGAAACGGCAGAUGUUUGUGGUGUUGGAGGAUUACUACCUUGCUCGAGUUCCAUUACUUAUAAUAAUCUGACAUAUCCUAGAUUCCCAACCAACGCAACUCUCUAUGAUUUGACUCCAUAUGGUGGUAGUGCCAAUUAUUUGGUCAAUUGUUUAGACACUAGUCAAAUCGGAUCAAAUAGUACCGUACAAAAGUGUGAUCAGCCACUCAUAUAUUACAAUUCAUCGGAUCGACAAAGAGACGAGGAUUUAGGAUACCAAUUUACUUAUGGUAACUCAACUUGUGUAGUAGCUUGUCCAGCACCUAUUUACGAAUACAAAAUAUGGAAGAAUCUGUACACUUUAAGCGAUAUACUAUCCAUUUUAUCAAUGUUUUUAAUCCUUUUCCUCAUUGUAACGUAUGGGUUGAUCAAUCCAAAGAUCAAAAGAUUCGAUAAGAUCAAUUUGGCAUUGAUGACAUCAAUCUUUUUCCAUGCAUUUUCAGGUGCCCUUCAAGCAUUUAAUGGAUCGGAAAAAACACUCUGUCCCGAACCAAACAGAUUUGCAUCACAUACUGACGGAGUAUGUGUCGCCUCUGCCUUUAUUCUUCAUGUAGCCUCACUUUAUGUUGUACAAUGGUGGGCAGUCAUGUCAUUCGAGGUGCUUUGGGCAAUUAGAGAAGUUGGAAAGGGUCGAAAAGAUCCAUGGUGGUUUUAUGUUGUUGGUACUAGUAUCAUAGCAUGGGUUCCACCUAUUGCAAGUAUUGUAAAUAAUAAUUAUAGAGGUGGUGCUCCAAAUACUUUUUGUUGGUUAUCAACACAUACUUAUCAAGUAGGAGCAUUUUGGGUACCAAUGGGUAUAUUCCUUGGAUUAGGUGGUUUAUUCAUGUUGGGAUUGAUGAGAGAGAUUUAUAUUAUUAUAUCUGCCAACCUUGGUGCAACACAACGAACAAGAUUAGAUAUUUUAAAGUUGGAGAUCAAACCUAUACUCAGUCUAGUGAUGUAUUUUUCAAUUCUUCUUUAUCUUUUUAUAUAUGACCAAUGGAUUCAAGCACAUAAAGAUGAAUACAAGGCAGAGAUACCCGAUUGGGUGAAUUGUUUGACUAAUCCACAAGUGGUGGACAAGACAACGUGUGUUAUUGGUGGACCUCCCAUCGCGUCACUUGGCUAUUUUAUUUAUUGUAUACGUGUAUUUGGAAUAUACGCAUUCCUCAUUUACGGAAUCUCAAAGAAAACAGUUUCCAUUUGGAAACAUAAUUAUAUUGUAUUGGUUAUCAGCAAGAAACUCGAACAAAUGUCAUUGGCAUCCACAACUCAAGUUACUAACAGUGGUGUAACUGGAAGUACUGGGUUUGUCUCUGGUGCCAGCGUAGUAUCAGAGUCUACACAAUCACAGAAUCCUUUCCCAUCAGCUCCAACUGGACGUAGAAAUUCAAAUGAUUCCUUUUCAAUUUCUCAUAGUGACUCUGAUUCAGAUGAUAUUGAAAUGGGUACUACUUUUGUUGAAGUUCAUCAUUUACCCCAAGAGGAACAAGAAUCAUCAGAUAAUCAACCCGAUCAACAACAAUCUUCAGAUUAA